AUGGCCAUGAGCUCUCAUGAUUUCUUCGGUGUUGUCGACAUGGGCUCUCCGCACAAAGAAUAUUAUCCCAACGGCUGCCCGCUCGAAUGCAGACACGACCAGAUGUAUUGCUCCAUCGUCUCCUUCGACCAGAGCGGAUUGAUGCUCUGGGAGGAUUACUGCGAGGACGGCGAGGCCAACAACUGGCAUUGCCCGGUGAUCUGCCAAGCCGACAGCGCACAGAAGUGCGGCACCGGAUUCGACGAGUACUGCGUAUCCCUCGGAGAGACUUGCCCUGUGAUUUGCCAGGAGCAGUACUGCUGGACCGACAACUAUGCGGCGAACGGUGAUUGGUUGAGCACCACGGAGUCCUGCGCUACCUGGGGCGAGCAAUGCCCAUGUGGAGCAGAAUCCGUCCGCUGCACUGACCCAAACAACGCUGACGACUCCUGGUGCAGCCCAACCUUCUACGGCUGCCCGCUCAUCUGCAACGAGCUCACCGAGAAGACGUGCUUUCCCAUCUCAUUCACGCCGGAGG